AUGGCCCAAAAGAAAUCAAAGAAGAAUCUCUCCGAGAUAUUCCAUCGAGCCGCGGCUAAACCGCCGCCCUGGGGCCUUUCUGAUAAAACGUGGCCCAUUUGUGAGAACAAUCACCUACAUGAACUCAAGAGAAAUACCACCAGUAUUUCAAGAGUAUCCUUCAUUCGCACUUAA